ACUUAUAGAUCAUAAGUCAUUUCUGGUAUCAUCGUUAUUGGAGCAUUGUUAUUCGAAUCGUUUUUGGAUCAUUGUUACUGGAAUUGUGGUGUUGAAAUCAUCGUUACAGGUAUCAUUUUUAGAUCGUCGUUAG